CAAACAAAUGAGGAGAUAAAUUGCUGCCCAAUAACACACUGAUCGCCUUAGGCUCCAGUCUGGUUCAGCGCUAGAGAAGAAGUACGAGUUAAGUUUAUCCAUGUUGCUCUGAAGUAACCAGUUAUUCCGUAGACCUGGCGAGUCUUCGCUGACAUACGCUCUUGAUCAUGCAGUCUUUGGUGAUGGCAAAACUGGAGUUUUAAGUUUCCUCGUUUACAGGAGAGAUUGAUAUAAAAAAUGACAGGCUAUGAGGUUUCCAAACUACGCGUAAUGGUAUCGCCGUGAGGCUUAAUUGCCAGUAUAACAAAAUCCGGAUUUUAAGCGCUUUUGCCUAAAUAAGUCAUGGAUACAACUUUGGCUCCUCUCAUUUUCUCAUCUCUGAAUUCGUCAUUCGAAAACGAAGACGAUGGCAACUACACCGGCACCAACAUUUUCGCCCAGCCGGGCUGGCAGGUCGCGCUGUGGGCGAUCGCUUAUGCCCUGAUAGUGAUAGUGUCGGUCAUCGGCAAUAUCACUGUCAUUUGGAUCAUCCUGGCUCACAAAAGAAUGAGGACAGUUACUAACUAUUUCAUUGUGAACCUCGCGUUCUCAGACGCUUCUAUGGCAGCUUUCAAUACAGUUUUCAAUUUGGUCUACGCCUUACACAACGACUGGUACUUCGGUCUAAGUUACUGCAGGUUCCAUAACUUUUUUCCCAUCACAGCUAUUUUUUCAAGCAUUUAUUCCAUGACAGCUAUUGCCAUUGACAGGUAUAUGGCUAUUAUCCACCCUUUGAAACCCAGGCUGUCCUCCACCACCACGAAGAUAGCCAUUGCUGUCAUAUGGGUAGUAGCCUUUGCUUUGGCAUUCCCACAGUGCUUCUACUCCAAAACAAUAUUUUCUCCCCCGCGGACUAUCUGCCUGGUGGAUUGGCCUGGCGAGUAUGGGGGCAACCAUCAGCUUGCGUAUCAGAUCGCUGUGAUUAUCCUGAUCUACCUGCUGCCCCUGCUGGAGAUGCUGGUGACUUACAGUAUUGUAGGGAUGACCCUCUGGGGCAGCGAGAUCCCUGGCGAGGCCUCGGAUCACUACCAGAACCAGAUGCAAGCCAAGCGAAAGGUUGUGAAAAUGAUGAUUGUUGUCGUGGUGACCUUUGCAAUGUGCUGGCUGCCCUUCCACUUGUACUUCAUCCUGGGAAGCUUCAUUGAAGACAUCUACAAGCAGAAAUACAUCCAGCAAGUCUAUCUGGCCAUCUUCUGGCUGGCCAUGAGCUCCACCAUGUACAACCCUAUUAUCUACUGCUGCCUGAACCAAAGAUUCCGGUCGGGAUUCCGGAGAGCAUUCCGAUGGUGCCCCUUUGUCAAGAUAUCCGAGGAAGAUGAAAUGGAGUUACGAAACACCCGUACGCUUCGUCUGACUCGCAGUUACCGCACCGAAACUUCCACUGUGGUCAACCACAACUCUGCUGAUCAGGAAGAGACUACAGCCAAGCUCAUCAAGGCUUAAGCGGCUCCUACCCAGCGCCAGAAACUGCGAAACAGGAGAGUCCAAGCCUGGGAAUGAGAAACGAAUUUCUGUGAAGGCGUGUUGUCUGUUCCUUAAAGUAUUUGGAAAGGUGCCUGUAGGGUAGAAGUGUCUGGAGAGGCUUCUGCUACCCCCCAGCAGUUAAAAAAACGCUCCUUGACUUUUCACUGUGUCUUCUGAAGUCAUCACAUCAUAAUGCAACAGGAAAAGAAAACAGAAGAUAAAAGUUCUCACUCACUCGGUGAUAAACUUAUUUGAAACAUCUCUGGUGUGCUCUGGGGACAUUCCUACACAGACCACUCCAAGCACAGCUGCUUUUAAGGUCCAGGAGGCUUCCUGGCCUUUUUGUGUAAAAGAUUUGGACCACCCAUAUAAAAUGAGACGUAGAUCUUCUUUGACAAGUCACUCAAUAACUUUUAAUACUACUUCUUCCCCCAGGAAACUGUGAUAAAAACCUUACCUGACCCUCAACGUCCAAUGACCGCAGUCACAACAUACACUUACUCAACAGCAAAUGCCUUUAUUAAAUCUAUGUGAGAAUGCACACCUUUCUAUCAAACAAUAAGCCAAUAAUCAAUAGUGAAUAUGGGUGCAACUAUUUACACAGAUUAUUUUUUUACCGAUGUCUUCAAGGCCAUCUGUGACGGGCUCUAGUGGCAUGUUUAUGGCUAUUACAUCCAGUCCGUAGGACAGCCUGGCACAUUAACUUAACAAGGAAUUCAAAGUUUAUGUAGAAUGACUGUAAAUAGAUAUGUUAAUGUAAAUUUCUUGAAAUACAAAAUUAAUGUACGACUUUUCUUUGCAUUUGAAAUUCUCGCUAAGCCUGCCCCAGAAAAAAAACAAAGUUCUGAAACAGGUUUCCACAAUUGAUGAAUCAGGGUUUGUGAGAUUUAGAAAACUACAGAACAAAUCGUGGCAGAGUAAUAGAAGAGAGAAAUACAAUAGCAGAAAAGAAACCGAAUAACAGAAGAGAGAAAUAAAGAACAGACCUGAUGUUGAGGGCAGCUAGCUAGCAAUGUUGCCUCGCAGUGCUGGGGCUCUGGGUUCAGCUUUGGACCUGAGGUGCUGUCUGUGUGGAGUUUGUAUGUUCUC